UCACCGCUGUGUCCAGUUUCAGGCCCCUCGUGUGAAUAGCGACAAAGUGCAGAACUUUAAGGUGGAGGUUCGAGGAGAAACAUUUCUAUCAACAGAGGAGAGAAGGGUCAUGAUCAAACCCUACAGCCCCAUGACGUUCAUCCAAACGGACAAACCAAUCUACAAACCAGGACAAACGGUGCUUUUUAGAGUCGUCACCUUGGAUACCCAUUUUAGCCCCGUCAAUCAGCUGUACAACAUUGUGGAACUUGAGGACGUUAAUCACAACCGGAUUGGACAGUGGGUCAACACUACAUCCAGUGGCAACAUUCUGCAGCUUUCUCACCCCCUGAACUCUGAAGCCCCUGUAGGAUCCUAUACCAUUGUAGUGUGGAUUGGUGGAGAGAAAAUCUACCACAACUUCAAGGUAGAACAGUAUGUUUUGCCCAAGUUUGAGAUCAACAUGAACCUCACUGACAAGAUCAGCGUUGUUCAAGAGGAGUAUGAAGUGAAAGUGUGUGCAGAAUACACGUAUGGGCAGCCUGUACCUGGUAAAGCAGGGGGUGAAGUUGUGCCGACCUUUGGUGGACAAUGCAGUGAUACCAAUAACAGUUGAUGAGCGAAUCCACAAGGAGUUCCUGAUUACACACCUCCAUGCCACAAAGAGUCAAUAGAGAUGGACCAUACUGGCUGUGCUUCUUAUGUCUUCAACAUGGCACUUUUCACAAAGAACGCAGGAGAGAAAUUGCUGGGAGACGUGUUUAGUUUCCAUGCAGAAGUACAGGAGGAGGGGACAGG